CCUCCCCUUCCCCGGGCCAUUCUGCAAGCCCGAUAUCGUUCUUCGAUACCAUCCCAGUUUCGUCGACCUGGACCUUACUCUGCUCCACCCGGAGCCAAACCCUAGGUCGGAAUUCAUCUUGUCUUUCCUCGGCCUCUUCAGCGACCUCUGCUCCAGCAUAAUAAAUUUCCUCUCCAAAUCGGAACGUGGGACUCCUUGAGUAUGUCCGAUUCGCCAUGUUUCAGUAUAACGCGAUGAGAGUGUAUGGCAGUAAUCGAGGUCGCGAAUUAUUGUAUGGAAGAACGAGCUCUCUAUUAUAAGGCCCGGUGUCCAAGAGUUCUUGAAGGGUGAAUGUUGAAAAGUUAGUACAACAGUUAUGCAUGGAUGCAGCCCAGGAUUUACCCUCUUGGUGAAUGCAGAGGUUGAUUCCAUGGGUGGUGUUGUUGAUUGUGAAGCCGGUUUAGAUACCAAAUCAUCGCCCCAUCGUGCAGCAAUUGCGAAGGCACAGGAGGAGCUACGACUGGAAUAUGAUGUGCGCGAAGAGCGAAGAAGAGAGCUGGAUUUCCUGGAAAAGGGUGGUAAUCCGCUGGAGUAUAAAUUUGGUCGUGCAACAUCAAUCAGUGUACAGUCUACUUCUCUCCGAGAUCAGCUUGCUGAGCAAUGCAUGAUAAGUGAAGCGAAGGGUAGCUUUGCACUGGCUGCAUCACCUCAUGGGGAUUCUGUUGAAAGCAGUGGCCGGCCUGCAGGUUCUACGGGUCGAGAGCCUAACAUUGCAGACAAUCUCUUACUAUUCGCUGGAGAAAAUAGUAGUCCUGGCAGAGAGAAAAAUGCAAGAAGAACAGGGAGAAGAAGUAAUGCUGCCCCGGCAGAACAAUCCUCUAAGAUUGAUAGUUGUCGUAAUACAAAAGAAUCAAAUGAUUUGGUGAUUUUCCGACUUGGACCAAGUGGUCAGGCAUAUGCUCGGAGGAAUCGGUAUAGAUCAGGCCGGGAUAGUCACGGCAAUAAAUCUCCACUUUUAUUUUCUUCUCAUACAGAUUCUAGAGAUUUAAAGGAGUCACAUGAGGAAGUGCAUGCUGAGGAGCACACUGUUUCUUCAAUCAUAAACUCUAAACCUACAAGUCCUAAUGCUAAGAGGGUGCAAAAAAGCUUUGCUUCCACAGAUCAAUUGGAUAUUGAAAUUGAUGGUGGGCUGGCACAUCAUACGCUUUCUGAUACAGAAAAAACAGAAUUGCAGGUAGUAAAAAUGAACGCUUGCGAAAACUUGCAGGAUUUUGAUUAUAAUGCUACUUCUGUUGAACAAACGGCUAAGAGUAGUGCUAUGCAAACAUCUGGUUUUAUUGGGAAAGAAUCCACUGCUUCUGUUGGUUUUCUUUCUGCCCCUUCUUGUGCCAUUAAUAACAUUAAAGGUUCCAGCCAUGACGACAAGGACAAAAGCUGCAGAUCUGCAGAUGUAGAUGUAAUGAAUGUGCCUCAGGAUAAUAUUACUGGGAAAGAAAAUUUUUCUAGUACUGCCACUGAAGUGCUAGCUAGAAGCAAUGCUGACAUUAAUCCCCUUUUUGUCAAUACAGCCAACCUUCACGGAAAUGCUGAUAGUAACGACUUGUUGGCACUUAGAAUUGGUAGUAGCUUAGGCUUUAAUUCCAAAGAUUAUGCAGCAGGUCAAGUUACUUCUGGCAUUAGUAGUGCGGUACAAAGUAGCCAAAUUGCAGGUUCUGCUGCUUGCAUUACUAGUAAUGGUGAAGCAAGAACAUCUCAGAUAAAGAUUGACAAAUCAGUUAAGGUUAAAGAUGAAGUGUUAUUAUGUGAUAGAAGGGACGAGCAAGCUGUAGAUAAGCUCCUUUUAAACAAUAAAUCUGAAAUUUCUCAGCAUGAUAGUACCCAUGUCAUCAAAGCUGGUGCAGUAAAGGUCACUUCUAUUGGCUACAGUCACGAGCCCUCUUCAGAAAUCCUUUCCAAGAAGGCUUGCUCAACUGCUCCGGAGCCUCAGAAUAGUGAAGCUAACCAACUGAAGUUGGCAAAAAAGGCGCAUGAAGAUGCCAUUUUGAAAGAAGCUCGGAUAAUUGAGACAAGAUUAAAGAAGGCUGGUGUGCCAUCUAUUGGUUGCAUAUCUUCAGAGAAGGGAAAAAAAAGCCACUGGCAGUUUGUUCUUGAAGAAAUGGCUUGGAUGGCAAAUGAUUUUAUGCAGGAGCGGCUUUGGAAGAUAGCUGCUGCUGCCCAAGUAUGCCACUGGAUUGCCUUUGUUGGUAGAUCAAAGUUUGAGCAAGAAAAUUUGUUCCAGAAGCAGAGGAAUGUAGCUCGAACUCUGGCUAAAGCUGUCAUGAAUUUUUGGAGUUCUGUUGUUGCUAUUAGUAAAGGUGAAGCAUCCUCUGGCAUGAAUGAUCAGAGUGUAGAAGCUCGGUUUCUUAAGCCGGGUAUCCAGAGCUAUGCUUGUAGGCUCAUGCAGUAUCUCUCUGAUGUGUCUAGUGAUCCUAUCAUGGCUGAAGCACCAAGAACUCCUGAUAGGAUAAAGGAUGCUGGUUCAUUUGGAGUAAUGUUGGAUGACCAACUUUCAGAAGAAAACUUGUUCUAUAAAGUACUUCCUGGUGCUAUGCACUCGUACAGGGAAUCAAUAGAGUCUCAAUGUGCACAGAUUAAGGAAGAAGAAUGUGAGGCCUCAAUGUGUGAUUCCGUUCCAGGUAUCAGUCGGGGAAUUGCUUUCGAAGAGGAUGAAGGUGAAACAGGUGCAGACAUUUUGCCAGGAGUGUUUGAAGGGAAUUAUUUAUCCAAAUUUAUUCACAAGAAGAGAAAAGUCUAUCAACAGAAGUCUUACACUUCUAGAUAUGAAACUGACUUAUCAUAUAAUUCUGCAAGCCAUUCUCAUGUUCUUAUGGAGAAAAGACCUUCAGGUACCCUUAAUGUUAGUGCAGUGCCAACGAAGCGUAUGCGAACAGCUUCAAGACAACGGAUUAUUGUUCCUUUUUGUGGUGGACCUUCUGGAUCCCUCCCAAUGACCAGUAAAACAGAUGUUUCAAGUGGUGACACGACUUCAUUCCAGGAUGACCAAAGCUCACGGCAUGGCUAUUCACAGCCCCAUAAAAAUUUAGAAGUUGAUUCUACUGUAGAUUUUGAGAGAUUACUGACAUUUGAUAGUAGCAAUAUGCCUAUCAAACCAAGAAAGAAGAAGAAACCGAAGCAUUUGGGAUACAAAAGUUCGCUGAACCUUCCUGAUUCCAAGGCCUCUUCUUAUGAACAGAGGUUACAGGCUGAUUACAUGGUUCAACACGAUCAGAGAGAUCAUGCUAAAAAGAGGUGUGAAGGCUUGCAGUAUGAAUCUAAUGGAAAUAUCGGGUUUUACGGACAAAAUGUUGCAAAGAAACCUAAGCUCUCAAAACCUGCAGAAUCCCCGGAAAUGAUAAUUCCUGCUGGUGGAUCCAUGCCCUCUCCAGUUGCUUCUCAGAUGAGCAACAUGUCCAAUUCAAAUAAGCUCAUUAGAAUAAUCAGCAACCGUGAUAGGGGUAGAAAAAGUAAAGCUCUAAAGAUCGCUGCCGGACAAUCUGGACCUGGAAUUGCAUGGUCAACGUUUGAGGACCAGGCUCUUGUUGUCCUCGUUCAUGAUAUGGGCCUUAACUGGGAGUUGGUCAGUGAUGCUCUCAACAGCACUCUUCAUUUCAAGUGUAUAUACAGGAAACCUAUAGAUUGCAAAGAACGUCACAAAUUUCUCAUGGAUAAAAGUGCUGGUGAUGGAGCUGACAGUGCCGAGGAUUCAGGCUCGUCUCAGCCUUACCCAUCUACCUUACCUGGGAUCCCAAAGGGUAGUGCCAGACAACUGUUUCAACGUCUUCAAGGGCCAAUGGAGGAGGAUACCAUGAAGUCACAUUUUGAAAAAAUUAUUCUCAUUGGGCAGCGUUUUCAUUCUGGUAGAACUCAGGAUAAUAAACAACUGAAACAAAUAACUCCAGCUCAUAAUUCUCAUGUUUUGACUCUUUCACAAGCAUGCCCAAACAACUUGUCUGGACCAAUCUUAUCGCCAGUCGAUCUUGCUGAUGCAUUGAAUUCAAACUCAGAUGCUGCUGGCCUUGGGUAUCAAGGUUCUCAUUCAAAUGGCAUUGUAAUUCCAGGUCACCAGGGUUCUUUGGCACCAGUUCUUCCCACCUCAUCUACAAACACCGUGCUACCAGGAACUCCUAGUAUGGUUUUAGGAAGUGGUCUGCCGACGCCUUCUCCACCAUUGCAUGCACCACCAAGGGAUACACAAAGAUAUGGUGUACAUAGAUCUACUACGUUACCAGGUGAUGAUCAAAAAAGACUUCAGCAAUAUAGCCAAAACUUUUCUGGCAGAAACAUGCAACAAUCUGGUAUCUCUAUGACCAAUGCUUUGCCUGCUGGAGUUGAUCGUGGUGUGCGCAUGUUACCUGGUGGAAACGGCAUGGGCAUGAUGUGUGGGGUUAGCAGGAGCAUGUCCAUGCCUCGGACGAGUUUCCAAGGAGUCGGUCCGGCAGGCAUGCUUAACAUGGUUUCCCCCAAUAAUAUGCUCUCAGGCAACGUUGUAGGUAUGCCCAAUCCUAUGGGUGCACAUUCUAGUUCUGUUUCUAGCCCAGGAAACACAAUGAUGAGGCCACGUGAUGCUUUACAGAUACUCCGACCGGUUCAGACGACAGAGGAGACCAGGCAGAUAAUGAUGCAAGAAAUUCAACUGCAAGUAUCACAAGGGAAUGGUCAAGCUAUUACUCCUUUCAAUGGUAUGAGUGCUGCAUUUUCCAAUGCACCAGUUUCUCCCCCUGUUCAAACAAUUCCGUUGCAACAACACCAUCAGAUUUCUCAACAGCCUCAUAUCCUUGGCAACCCUAAUAACUCUCUCGGUCAAGGCACCAACCAUUCAGGCUCCCAACAGCAACAGCAGGCAUAUAUCCGCUUUGCUAAAGAGAGUCAGCUCCAACAACGGAUUAUGCCUCAGGCUCAGCUUCCAUACUCAGCUUCUUCCUCCAUGUCUCCUAUGGAAACCAAUUCACAGUUCCAACAGCAAAGCCAGUCAUCUUCACCUGUAAAUUCGAUUGCUUCAUCACAGCCACAGCAUAAGCAUCAACCCAUGCCUCGAAACCCUCAAACCAGCGGCAUGAUGUCAAACCAGAUUAUGAAGCAAAGACAAAGGCAACAGGUUCAACCACAACAACAGCAACCAAGGAAUCUGCAGCAUCAAAAGCAGCAGGCACAGCAGCAGGCUAAACUUAUGAAGGGUUUGGGUCGAGGAACCAUGUUGUUGCAUCAAAACCUACCCGUUGAUGCCACCCAAACCCAAGUUGGUGGCCGUUCAACAGCUCCCAAUAACCAGGCCUCUGAGAAGCUUCUGAUGCAACAAAGUCAAGGGUUUAAUCCUGUUAGUACAGGAGUAAAUUCAAAUCUGCAACAACCUUCAAUCUCGCAGAAGCUGUAUUUCCGUCCACAUCCUCCUCAAUCAAAGCAAGUACCACCUAUGCCUUCUCAUCCUGAUAACAAUCAAGCUUCAGUACAGGCUCCUCCAACUCAUUCCAUACGUGCUACUCAGCAAUCAGUCCCCGCAACACCUCCAGCUACCCAGCAGCAACAACAGCGACAGGCUAAUCAAUCACCAACAAACAUGCAAAGAAUAAUGCUUCCACAGAGCCGUCAGUCGAACCAUGAUGGUAGAAUACAGUCCAUUAAUGAAUCAGUCCAAGUGAAUCAAAUGAUUCCAUCUUCAUCACUUACUAAAACUACAGAUUCUUCUAGUCUGCCUGGUGUUGUUUCAUCAGGAGUCCACUGGAAGCCAGAAUCAUCAUCUGAAACAUGCGCAACUGGUGAACAAGCUCAAAUGGCUGCCAUUCCUCAGGAAAAUUUUACCGGGAGUGAUGCAAUGAUACCCCCUUCUACCCAAGGUUUAGUACAGAGGCAAUUAUCUGGUAAUAUCUCUAUGCAUGGUCAUGGUCUUGGGGGUCAAUGGCAACAGCAGCAUCAGCUGCAGCCAUCGUCUCUACCUCAGCAGCAGUAUCGGCAAGGCGUACAAGGAAACUUAUACACACGGUCUUCAAGCACAGGACAAUGAUGAUCAGGAAUGAUCUAGGACCUAGCAGCAUGAAGCUGCUCGAUCAGCUUUUGUAGAAGUACUGUACAGUGAAUUCCAUGAAAAUUCGGCUUUGCUUAUUGUUAGCUUCGGGAUCAAGUGUUUGCAAUUUCAUCUCCUAAUUUAAAGAUGGUUUGCCGCACAUUUUUCUUCCCCUGGCUCCUACAGCAAUCUCCAUCUUUCUAGUCACCUUGGGAAAUGCAUCUCUAUUGUAUUACCAAAUUCUUUUGUAAUUCGAACUAGUGCUGAAUUUUGGGCUUGUUUAGAAAUUUUUUGCCCAUGCAGGGAAAAUUGCUCAAAUUGUCUGGUAACGCUGGCAAUUUCACUUAGUUUAAUGUUGUACAAACGCCAUCCAUAAGUCCUUUAAUGCAAAUAUUGUAUAGUGAACAUUAAUCAUUAAAUCUUCUGCAAAAAUGAUUUGAUGUUAAUUGAAGAAGUGUGCCAUGAGGCAUAGCAGGUC